AAAACACGGAAAGAAGUAACACCUUUUAGUCCAGGAGGCUGUUUGACCUUUUAACUAAUUCGCAGGAUUUGUCAUAGAAGGAGAGAUUAAGAACUUCGUUUUUGUGAUUUUCUUUCUGUUCUAGUUUUUUUUUUUUAGUGAGUCGUUAAAUAAAAUUAACAGCCUUGAAUAUGCAAAAUUACUUAGAGGUGAUGAGGGAAUAUGUGGAGAAUCAUGAGACCAGUCUCAUAGUUGCUUUUGUCGCAGGGGCGAGCGUACUGGCCUUGCGUCGAUGGCUGGCUGGGGGUGUGUGUCGGAGCAAGGCCAGGCUGGACGGGAAGACUGUCCUCAUCACUGGAGCCAACACUGGCAUCGGGAAGGAGACGGCCCUGGAUAUGGCCAAGCGAGGGGCCAGAGUGAUCCUCGCCUGCAGAGACAUGACCAGAGCCCACAUUGCAGCGGACGAGAUUCGGCAGCGGAGUGGAAACGGCAACGUGGUUGUAAAGAAACUGGACCUGUCCUCGCUGCAGUCCGUCAGAGACCUGGCCAAAGAUGUCGAGGCCAACGAGGAUCAUCUGAACAUCCUCAUUAACAACGCAGGUGUCAUGAUGUGUCCCAAGUGGAAGACUGAGGACGGCUUUGAAAUGCAGUUCGGUGUCAACCAUCUGGGACAUUUUCUCCUCACUAACUGUCUUCUGGACUUGCUGAAGAAGUCGGCUCCAAGUCGCAUUGUCACCGUCUCCAGUCUGGCACACGAGAGGGGUCAGAUACACUUCGAUGACAUCAACCUGGAUAAAGACUACGACCGUCAGGUGAGCUACCGCCAAAGCAAGCUGGCCAAUGUGCUCUUCAGCAGAGAACUGGCUACAAGACUGCAAGGCACUGGUGUGACGACGUACAGUCUUCACCCUGGAGUCAUCCGCACCGAGUUGGGCCGCCACUUUUUCCCCACCAUUGCCUUGUGGAAGAAGAUCUGUUUCAUGCCGUUCUACUACUUGAUCAAAAGUCCGUGGGAAGGAGCUCAGACCACCAUCUACUGCGCUGUGGACGAGAGCCUGGAGAACACCAGCGGCCUCUACUACAGUGACUGCGCCCCCAAAACUCCAGCGCCCCAGGCCCUGGAUGACGCUGCAGCCAAGAAGCUGUGGGACGUCAGUGCUUCCAUGGUUGGUCUGGCUUAAACACGACAGCCCGCCCUGCUUUCAUCACCCAUUCCUCCUGCUGGAGUCGGUGUUUUUGUUUACACGGGUUAGCACAGCAUGUCAACCUGUUUUAUUAUCUAAUGCAUUAAGGUCAUUGCACUCACAAGGAUGAUUUCACCCGUUCAGUUCUUGUCGAACUGAAAUGAUUUGCUGAUGAGUGCACUAUUUAAUCAACUCAGCAAAUUGGGUAUUUGAAUGAGGUGCAUUAUCUUUAUUAUUAUGCUUAUUACAAUAUGUGCUUUAUUAUACAUCUAUGCUACGCUGCUAUAUCCUCAUCAAAAGGGGGCACUACUUGCUUUUUAUUCUACUGUGUGAUUGUUUGCAUUUAAAUGAUCAAUUGCUUUCAUACAUUUAAAGGUGCAUAAUGUAAGAGUUUUAGGUUAAAACAUUUAAAAGAUGUACUAAAGUUCUCAACAGAAUGUGAAGAAUUAACUGCAGAGACACUUACGAACAAUAUUGCAGAGAUAUCUGCUAUAGUUAGCAUGCUAACCAGCUAGCCCCAGGCCUUCAAACCUCUUUCCCCAAGUGAGCCAAAGCUCCUGUGCUGGCAGUGUAAAUACUAACGCUCAAGGUAGUCCAGCUAUCUGCGCAGCUAAUUAAGCUAAGAAGGUAACAGUAGCUACAGUCAUGGAUGGACAAACAAUAGUUAGCAGCAGUUAGCAGUUACUCCAGUGAUAUGUUGCCCCCUAUCUGUUGGGAGGAUGAAUUCAACAAGGGGCCAAAUGCUUUAAGCUUUUUUAUUUGGAAUACUAAAAUACGUAUGGGCCAAAAAGACUGGCAUUUGUUCAUCAUGUGACUUUAAGCUGCAUAUUCCAAGAGGCAUUUAGGACUUUAAACUGCAGCUUUUAUUCGUGCCAUCUUACAAACAAUAAAAUGAAUCAUUGCAGAAACACAGCCGUAAAAAACAAAAGCAAUCCUACAUCUUCCUAAGAACUAAACAGAAAGGAAGAUGAGAGUCUUAUCUGUGUGCAGGCAGAAGAGGUGGACUGAAGUGGUGCUGACGUGUUAUGGAAGUGGCUUUAUGUGCCAGCAAGUGUUGAGAGGAUUGUUGCACUUCAGAUGAGAGAGAGGAUCCUCCACCAGGUGUGGAGAGGGAGUGGACGCCUCGGGGGUAGAGAGCAGUUAGGAAGCAGCCAGUAGAUCCAGAAGACUCGUGUUUCUGUGUGUGUGUGUGUGUGUGUGUGUGUGUGUGUCAUGAUAAGGGUGUUUUGAUGUUUUGCUUCUUUUCAUUGGUUGAUGUGAGAAAUUGAACUGUGUGCCUUUUGUUAACUGAAUUUUCUCGAAGUGAACAGUACAGAAAUGCACAAUGGGAACCAUCAGCGAUGUAACACUCCUGGCAAUAAACAUUUAUUAAAAGUG